AUCGCUCAGUUAAAGCUAGUGUUCCAUGGUACAAUAAUUGGAAAGACACUUUGAUGCAUCUGAGUUCGUCCAAGUUCCAUGCAGCUACCACUCCCUGGUUUGAGGCCUAUAGAGAAAGCUUCUUUCAAUCAAUGUCUCCAUCCGACCACGAGUUUCUACAUCACUAUUUGGCCUGCAUGCUUGUGGCCUCAUCGAGGGACUCUGACCCAGUGGACCAGUUUUUGAAAUUAUCACAAGAGCAACAUCGUAUUCAACAUAGCAGUGAUUACUCCUUCCCGAAGUGGUUCAUUCCAAAUACACUAAAAUAUUAUGUUUUAUUACAUGAUGUGAGUGAAGGGGAGGAACAAAGAGCGGAAUCUGUUUAUGAAGAAAUGAAACAGAGAUAUGGGUCACAGGGGUGCUAUUUGCUGAAAUUUAACUCACGGCUACCAUCAAGUGGAACAGAUGAGCAGAUCCCUGACCCUUGGAGUCACUAUUUGAAUCGAAAUAAUUUGCAAAACCAGGAAAUCUGUGAAGAUGGCUUCGUUCCGCUUGUCGACAAGAAUAAAGAAAACAGUACCAAUGCACUAGAGCUGGAUGGAUUGGACAGUUCAAUCAAUGAUCGAAUUCCAAACGACUUUAAAUCCCAUCUAUUUCAGGAGGAUGGUCUUGUGAAGUCAGGGGGACUUGAUGGUCCUAACCGACCAAAGCCUGAGAUGGUGAAUGAUUCAAUCAAACAAAACACCGCAACUGCUCAUGGACUCAGUUUAACACUGACUGAUCAUGAUCGAAUUAGACAGUUCAUUCAGGAGUUCACAUUUCGUGGAUUACUGCCACACAUUGAAAAGACUAUCCGGCAACUGAAUGAUCAG